AUGUAUGGAAGCUGCCUUUUGGAGAAAGAAGCAGGCAUGUACCCAGGCACUCUUAGGAGCCCUGGAGGAAGCAGCACAGCCGGGGUAGGCACCUCUGGGGGUGGUGGGAGUCCCCUGCCAGUCUCCAACUUCGCUGCUGCUCCGUCUUACCCGCACUAUCUGGGGUAUCCUCAUAUGCCCAGCAUGAAUCCUCAUGGACCAUUGCUGGGGGCCUGGAGCUCACCCUACAGUCCGCCCGGAGAAGACUGGAGUACAUACCCCGGGCCGUCCAAUACAAUGGGCACAGUGCCCAUGAACGACAUGACCUCGAACUCCCCAGCUUUCGGCUCUCUAGACUACAGCAACCUGGGCCCCACUGGCGGCGGAAGCGGCAGCGGUAGUCUGCCAGCCCUGGCCAGCGGGUCACUGGUGUCCAUCGACUCCGGCACCGCGGACACCAGUUCUCCCAGCAGAAGCCGUCACAGCCCCUAUGCAUGGAUGCGCAAAACGGUGCAGGUGACUGGGAAAACCAGGACAAAAGAAAAGUAUCGUGUGGUUUAUACAGAUCACCAAAGGCUGGAGCUGGAAAAGGAAUUCCACUGCAAUAGAUACAUCACCAUCCGGAGAAAGUCAGAGCUGGCAGUUAACCUGGGCCUUUCUGAAAGACAGGUGAAAAUCUGGUUUCAGAAUCGCAGAGCCAAGGAGAGAAAGAUGAUCAAAAAGAAAAUCUCCCAGUUUGAGAACAGUGGAGGUUCUGUGCAAAGUGACUCUGGCUCCAUCAGCCCCGGAGAACUGCCUAACACUUUUUUCGCCACUCCACCUGCUGUCUGUGGAUUUCAGCCAAUUGAGAUACAGCAGGUUAUAGUCUCUGAAUGA